AUGCAUCCUGUCUCCGGCCUUCUUGUGACCGGACUUCGAGUCCUCGCAGUUACCAGUGCCUGGCAAGCGGUGUACUCGCUACCAGCAUCGGGCGCCCCUUAUGGCUGGGCCGGCCCUGCUGGGGACGACGAGUCCAACGCUGGUCCUCCUCUUCGAGGCAGCUCGUCGCUUCUUGGCGUCGGUCCCAAUGAGGUGAAUCCAUCCAGUAGCGGCCAGGUCCCCAAGUCCUCGUAUGACCUCGCCCCGGGCCAAGGUGCCAGUGCGGACAUUGGUAUCCCUUUCACAUUCAAGGACACGUCCAAUCCACAGCCCAUCCGCGGGGAUCUCGGUUCCACGGACCCCGGUCCACGCACCUACGACUAUGACCGUCUCAAUCCCGACACCUUUGCUCCGCCGGCUUCAGAUCGCGGAUCGAUUGGUCAAGGAAAGUGGCCUCUCGGUCUAUCACAUAACCGCAUUCUCCCUGGACAUGCAGGAUGGACUCGUCAAGAGAACACCGAUGUCCUCCCAAUGGCAACCGCCAUGGCGGGAGUGGACAUGAAACUCGCUCCGGGAGCAUACAGAGAGCUUCAUUGGCAUAGGGCCAACGAAUGGAGUCUGGUUCUCAAUGGCAGCGUGCGCGUCCAGACCAUCAACGAAGAUGGCGAGACCUUCAUCGAUGACGUGACAGCCGGCGACGUGUGGUAUUUCCCUGCUGGCGUGCCACAUUCCCUGCAGGCGCUGGAUGAAGGCGCCGAGUUUAUGCUCGUGUUCGACCAGGGUGAUUUCAACGACGGUGAAACUGGUCUGAUCACAGAGAUGUUCCUUCGCAACCCCAAGGAAGUAUUAUCGAAGAACCUCCAGGCACCCCUAUCGGAUUUUGACGACCUGCCCAAGGACCAGUUGUAUAUUUUCAAUGGAACACCGGCCCCCGCAAAUCUCAGUGAGCAAACCAUUACGGGCCCAGGUGGGAUUGCCUCUGGCAACUCUAGUUAUACGUAUCAUUUCUCGAAACAGGAAUCGUACGAGGUCCCUGGGGGCAGUGUCAAGAUCAUCGACCCGCAGAGUUUCCCAAUCGCCGAAAUGUUCAGUGCCGCCUUAGUAACGAUUAAGCCGGGGGCGAUGCGUGAAAUCCAUUGGCAUGGGACCAGCGACGAAUGGGGGUUUUUCCUUUCCGGUAAUGCUCGGGUCAGCGUCUAUGUUGCCCCUACAAAGGGCGCCACCUUUGACUUCUCCGCUGGCGACAUCUCGUACGUCCCCGCAACUGCAUCUCACUACAUUGAGAACACUGGCGACGAGGAUGUUGUCUUUCUUGAGGUUUUGCAAGCCAAGAGAUUCACAGAUAUCUCCGUUGGACAAUGGUUGAAGCUCACGCCGAAGCAAAUUAUCAAAGAUACUUUACAUUUGCCGGAUAGCCUGCUGGACAACCUAUCCCCUAACAAGCAGUACGUGGUGCAGGGGAAUCCUAACCUUACAGCUGUCGCAGAUGGAAGCGGGAUUGCGUAG